AUGGUGGCGACUCCACAAAUCUAUUUCUCAAACCCGUUUGUUUUUCGGGUCGCCGUCCCGUCGCGAUCUCAGUUGCGUUACUUACAUCAUUUGGCUAGCAACGAAGAGUGGGAGACCUUCAUGGACGUAUUGGCCCUUACCUUAUACGGCGUCAUGUUAUUUCCUAAGGUUGAGGAUUUUGUGGAUUAUGGUGCAAUAGAUAUUUUUGUGGCAAAUAGGACAAGAUUAGAGAAUCCUAUCGCUGCAAUCCUCGCUGAUGUUUAUGAGACAUUGAGUUUCUGCCAUGAAAGGAAGGGACAAAGGAUUCUAUGUUGUUUACCGACAUUAUAUUUGUGGUUGGCUUCUCGUGUGUUCAAGGGGACGGUUGAUAAAAGCAUAAAAGCGGACGAAUGGACUCAUUUCUUCGUAGGACUAAAUGGAGGGAAGAUAAAGUGGCGUCCUUCCUGGCUUAGGGGCAGGUGUUUCAUCCAUUAUUGUGGCGAUUUCCCCAACGUUCCACUCAUUGGAGCUCGGUAUUGUAUCAAUUACAAUCCUACUUUGGUUCAAAGACAGUUUGGGCAUCCCAUGAGAGGGGCACCAUCAUCCGAUUAUCUCACUCCACUUUUCAUUUAUUAUGAAGAUGGAUGUUUUAUUGAAAAACUAAGAGAGGUCAGAAGAGCUUGGGGAAACGUCGUGCGGUUUGAAGCAGAUGAAAGGGCAGGAGUGAUAAAUCAAGAAGUCAGUUAUCACAGUUGGAUUACACAAAGGGUAAAAGACAUUAAAUUGCCAUUCAAGUCAAUCACAGGUCGGCUAGUAGAUGAAAGGCAGUUUCUAAAUCCAAAGUCUGAUAAGGUAAAACAAUUGAAGAUAGAAAUAGAAGAAAUGAAAGAUCAGAAUAUUAAGUUGAUAGAAGAGCUACAAAAUGCUCGCAAUGAUGUUGUAGAUUUAACAUUGGAAAGGAAAGAAAUGACGCAGGCACAUGAAGAGGCUCUCACGAAACAAAACAUCGAAAAAGGUUAUACUCUCCGAAUAAAGUAG